CAGUUGAAAUAAUAUUUGAAGCAAAUAUAUGUUUGCUCCAGUUUUGAAGAAGAGGAAACUAGAACUGGUCAUCAUCAGGGAUCUGUGUUAGAUUUCUACAAAUCACAACAAUGAAACUUCAAAUCUUUUUGUUGCAUUUAGCUGCAUUUUUUACUAUCUCGGUAUGCAACCGUGUCUAUGUGCAUCCUUUCACUCUGCUUAUGUACAACAAAACUGAGUGUGAAAAAGUGGAUAGCCAAAACUCCACCACUGAAAAGCUUUUCUUACCCAUUUCCAUUGAAUCAAAAUCUGAGCCUCAAGAGACACCAUUCAAAGACAAAACACCCCCCGCAAGAAAACAGCUUGGACUUACAGGUGUAUUGACACCUUUAAUAGAGUCUGUCGGUUUGCGAGCUUUCAAUGCCUUGAGGAAAAUCAACAAAGAUGGCACUUUGCUUUUGUCCUAUAUUGACAUAUAUUCAUCACUUGUAUCUUUCUACCUUGGUGCAUCUGCAGAAACUUCAGAUGACCUUCAAAGAUUUUUGGGAUUUGAACACCCAUCUGGCAAUGCAGAUUGUCUUUCUAAAAUGAAUGGCCCAAAAGUACUUUCAACCAUCAAGCAAAUAGACAGCCUUUUGUUUUCCAAUGAUGCGAACAUAGAUACACUGAAAAUGGUUUGCAUAUUUGUCUCAAAAGGUGUCCCACUAUUCGAAGAAUUUGUGCAUCACCUGAUUCCUUCUGCUAAUGAACUUCAUGUAAGGUCUGUCGAUUUCACAAAUUCACUCAAGACUACAGAAUUAAUCCAUGAAUUCAUUGAUAAAAGAGUAUUGAAAAAAGGCAAUUUUGUAUUGGAGCCUGUUGAUGGAGCAUCCAACCUUCUCUAUACAAGAUAUAGUAACUUUAAAGGCAAAGUGAGGAAUUCUGUUUCAGUUCUGGAACCUCAAGACUUUUGGAUUCAGCCAAACAAGAAAAUUUCAGUUCCCAUGAUGUCAGUAUCAGGAAUGUUCCAAUAUCAACCUGGUGAUAAAGUGAACCCAUCAAUAUUAAAGAUUCCUCUCAGUGAAAAUGAUUUCUUGUUGCUGGUGCAACCAGACAAUGAAAAGUCUCUUGAGGAUAUAGAGUCUACAUUUUCUAUGGAUACAUUUCCAAAGUGGCUGAAUAAGUUAUCAGACAGGAAAAUAAAUCUAGUGUUGCCGAAGUUGACAAUCAAAAGUACUUAUGAUAUCCAAGAAAUUCUUACUGAAAUACAACUGCCAACCCUUCUUGGGAGAACAGCAAAUUUCAGCAAAAUAAGUAAUUUAGACAUUCAUGUUGGAAAGAUUAUAAAUCAAGUUCAUUUGGAAUUGGAAGAAAGUGCCAUGGGCACAAAUGAAGCCAGAGAUCUCUCUUUGAAUGAAGAUGAUAUAGAAGCUCUGAACAUAAAAUACAACAAGCCAUUUUUUCUGGCUGUUUUUGAAGGAACCACUAAGGCGUUGAUGUUUUUUGGUAGAGUGAUAAAUCCUGAGAAUGCCCUUUAAGAUUUAGCAGAUUGUUUAAAGUCCAGAUCAACUGAAAUUAUUGUAGGACACAGACUUGCCCAAAGCUGCCUUCUUUGAGUAUUUUUAUCCUAUUCUUGUGUGUAACUGGGUGGCUCUAAGGAGUAAACAAUACAAAAACACCAAUAAGCAGCAUUGGCUUAAAUUUCCUAAAUUUAAAGCCAAGUAUUCUAAACGUAGUAAAUCUUUACAUAAUUAAAAACAAAGCUAUUAUUAUCUUAACAGCAAGCUGAACUAUUUCAAAGCAAAUGAACCAUUAAAAGGAAAAUAUUAAAACUGUACCUUUUAACCAAUAUUUGUUUCAAUGAGUCAUUUUAAAAUAUGAAUGACAGAUGUGUUGACAAAAAAGAUCACACUUUCUCACAUUUAAUAUGUAUAUUAACAUUAUACCUACCUGGUAAUUUGCCAGAAAUGUUAAAGCCAGGUUUUGAUGGUUAGUCCCUUGCAGGCAGGGAAAGUAGCAGGGAGUAGGUGGAAGUGUGUGGUGAACCGGUGGUCUUCAAGAACCUUGUAGACCUGGUUCCUCUGCCAUAUCUGUAGUGCUGCAAAUCUGGCAAGUACCCAGAUACAAAUGUACAUUCAAGUAUUGUAUUAUUAGCAUCAUAUUUUUAUUGUAGUGUUUGUUACCUUUAUUGUGGUUUUUAUCAUAAUAAAAACAAAAAUCUGAUUGUAUCACAAUUAUAUAAAAAACUUAAUAUCUUCCAAUGGACAGUUUAUGUAUUCUUGAAUUCAACAUUUCAAGAUAGACUAUCACCCUUGCAGACCUCUCUAAUAAUAGCUUCCUAUGAACCUA